UUGGAAAACCAAACCAUGGUUAAAACCAAUUGUAUGAACAAAAAAUUAUAUAUUAAUUGCUUUGGCUUCUUCUCUCUUUAGCUGUGUUGUGAGAGAAACCAUAGAUAUGAAGCUUUCUAUUGCUUUCUUCUUUCUUCUUUCUCUUCUCUUGCUUGGAGAUCUAACCCAUGGCAGAAGCAGGAAAGAAGAAGGAGAAUAUUGGAAAAAGAUAAUGAAAGAAGAAGCACUUCCUGAAAUGCUUAAAGAGCUAUUAAUAGAAGCUGAUGAUCCUUCUUCAAUGGUGGAGUACAAUAAUAAUAAGCAACAAAAAGAGCAUUUUUUGACCAACUUUGAUCCUCAUCCAAAUGCUAUAAUUUAUCAUGCCCAUGCCCAUGCCCAUAACAGUAACCCCACUGCACUUCCAAAUUUAUCCCCAUGAAUUCUUCUUAUUUCCCAAAUAUAUCCCUUUAAAAACCACAAGAAUGUUUUCUCAUUUGAAUUAUUUAUCAAACCAUAUAUAAUUAUUAUGUGUAAAUUAAUAUAUUUAGUGUGUGGUUUUCUAAUUUUAUUUAGUUUCAAUUGGUUUUGAAAGUAUUGAUGUCCUAUAGCUAUGUAUGGUGAUGAUGUACGCAAACAAAGUGGUUCUGAUGUAAAUUUCCAUUAUAGGUUAUAUUGUUACGUUAUUGCAUAUAUAUUAUUUUGUAUCUCAAUUUUUGUUUAAAGUCUUGACCACUUUGAAUGGUAUUUUUGAAAUGUUUAAAGGAAAGUUUAAGCAUUCAA